CCUUCCUCAAAUCACACAUUGCAUCACAAAACCCAAAUCGGAACUUAAACCAAAAGAAAAAUCAAAACGCCGUCGUUUCACGAUGCUCUCUUCUUCCUCAACCUUCUUCGCUACUCCAUUUCUCUCUUCUUCAUCUUCCCGGUCGUUCUCUCCUGUUUCACCACCGUCACGCGUUUCCCGGAACUCACCGUCUCUUUCUGCAACCACCGCGUCCUACACCUGCGCCGAUGAUCCGACGAGAUUACGCCAAAUUCCGCAGCGAUUUUCAGCGACCGCUUCUCUCUACGAGAUCCUUGAAAUUCCCGUCGGAUCGACGAGUCAAGAGAUCAAAUCGGCUUACCGAAGAUUAGCUAGGAUCUGUCAUCCCGAUGUAGCGGGAAAUAGUCGGAAUUGCUCGUCGGCGGACGAUUUUAUGAAGAUCCACGCGGCGUAUUGCACGCUUUCGGAUCCCGAGAAACGUGCCGUUUAUGAUCGGAGGAAUCUUCGUCGGAGCCGGCCCUUAACUGUUGGUGUUUCUGGAUACGGCAGUUACGGCGGACGGAAUUGGGAAACCGAUCAGUGCUGGUAGAGAGUUGACUCGGUGUGUCGAGUUGGCCCGAAGGCCCCGAACGCAGAGAUUAAUAGUAGAUUGUAAAUGCUAAAUCUGGGAGAUUAGCCGGUAAUUAGUGUGCUAAUAUUACUUGCCGGUUUAUCGUGCCACGUAGGAUCAGUCGCCUUAAAGUUAACUAGGUUCUAUAUUUCGUUAUGUAUGGGUUAAUUAUUUAAUUUUUAUGAACUAUUUUGUGAAACUUAUAUAAAAUAACGAUAUUUCAAUGAGUUAACGUUUUGUCAAUUUUCUUGUUCAGUAUUUGUAUUUCAGAGUUUAAGAAAAUAAAGAAUCAUGACCUUU